AUGGAUGAUCAAGUAAUAAAAAUCCAGAAAUUCUUAGACCUGUUAGAUGGUUCCAUAGAUGACUUGCAUACGAAAUUACAACCCAUAAUAACCAAGUCUCUUGAUGAAGUGGUGUCUAAUGUUGAUUCCCCCAUUGAAAAAAUUGAGAUUUACAACAGCUAUUCAUACGUUUUGAUAUCAAUAGUUGUUGCUUAUUUACGGUCCAAGGGAGUUGAUACCGCUGGCCAUCCUGUAAUGAAGGAGUUAGACCGUGUUAAACUGUACAUGAAGAGAUACAAAGACUUAGUAAGUCUGCAAAACACCAGCCAACAGAAAAACUUAGAUGAGACCAAAGAAUAUUUGCAGCAAACAUUGGGGAAUAAAUCAGUCACAGGGAACACGAUAACACAAAGCAUGAGUGGCCCUGCUAUAAGCUCUAAUAGCUUCAAGAACACUCAUAAAAAGUUUACUGACUGA